CACACAGACAUGGACCAUGGACACAAUGCUGUCAAGUACACUCUGUCAGGAGAAGGAGCUGGGUCCAUCUUCACCAUUGAUCAAAUUACAGGAGAUAUACAUGCACUGGUGGGGCUUGACAGGGAGCAAAAGUCCUUCUACACACUUACUGCCCAGGCUGGUGACAUCCACACAGGCCUCCCUCUGGAGCCGCAGUCUGAGUUCAUCAUUAAGGUGCAGGACAUCAAUGACAAUGAGCCACGAUUUCCUGAUGGUCCCUACAGUGCCAGUGUCCCUGAGAUGGCUCCAACAGGAACCUAUGUAACACAGGUGACUGCCACAGAUGCAGAUGACCCCACAUAUGGCAACAGUGCACGUAUUGUCUACAGCAUCCUUCAAGGCCAGCCAUACUUCUCUGUGGACCCCAUGACAGGAGUGAUCAGGACAGCUCUAGCCAACAUGGACCGCGAGGUAAAAUCAGAGUAUCAGGUUCUUCUCCAGGCAAAGGACAUGGGAGGUCAGCUGGGAGGGCUGGCCUCCACCACCACCAUCAACAUCACCCUCAGUGACGUCAAUGACAACCCACCACGCUUCACUAAGAGUAUUUUCCAUCUGCGGGUGCCAGAGUCGGCGUCAGUUGGGUCAGCAGUGGGUCAGAUUCAAGCCCACGAUCUGGAUGCUGGCAGCAAUGCAGAGGUGGAUUUUGCCAUUGUUCCAGGAGAUGAGGGCAACAUGUUUGACAUCUUCUCUACCAGCGAAAGUCAAGAGGGAGUUGUCAUCUUGAAAAAGACUCUGGACUAUGAGACUAAGAAGUCCUACACCUUCAAGGUCGAGGCAUCCAACGCACAGGUGGACCCACGUUUCCUCCACCUAGGGCCCUUUAAAGACUCAGUGACAGUCAAGGUGAAUGUCCUGGAUAUAGAUGAACCCCCAGUCUUCACUAAGCCAUCCUACUCUAUGGACGUAUAUGAGGACACUCCUCCAGGAAUCAUCAUCAGCUCUGUGACCGCUCAAGACCUGGAUGCCAGCAGCAGUGCUGUCAGGUAUUCCCUGGAAUGGCAGACAGAGUCUGACAGCUGUUUUGACAUUGACACUGUUGAGGGAACCAUUUCCACGAAUGAUUACCUGGACAGAGAGACAGCUGUUCAACACAAUAUCACUGUACUGGCAACCAAAGUCAAUAACCCUCUGCUGGCAGCUAAAGUGUCAGUGACGAUCAACAUCCUGGAUGUCAACGAGUUCCCUCCUGAGCUGGCGCUUCCUUCAGAUACCUUUGUGUGUGAGAACGCCAGAGUGGGACAGGUGAUCCAGACAGUCAGUGCUGUGGACAAAGACCUUCCUCCUGUUGGCCAGAGGUUCUUCUUUAAGUCCCCUAAAGAGCUCCGCAACAGAAACUUCACUGUUAGAGAUUUUGGAAACAACACUGCUGGCAUUGUGACUCGACGCUCGGGCUUCCAGCGGCACCUGCAGGAUGUCUAUGUUCUUCCUGUUGUGAUUGAAGACAGUGGUUACCCUGCCCAGAGCAGCACAGCCACCCUCACCAUCCGAGUGUGUUCCUGCGAGGCCAGAGGCUCACUGCUGACCUGCUCAGCUGAGGCUAUCUUCCUGCCCGUGGGCCUCAGGACUGGAGCUCUGAUGGCUAUUCUGUUAUGUGUAGCUCUACUGAUUGUCAUGGCAGCGUUAUACAUGGGCCAGAGGCACCACAAAGAGAAAGACACCCUGAUGACAUCAAAAGAGGAUAUCCGUGAUAAUGUCAUCCACUAUGAUGAUGAGGGUGGCGGCGAGGCUGACACUCAUGCAUUUGACAUGGGCACUCUGUGCAACACACACUCACACCGCACCAGCACUCAGAGCACCACCUCCAAGAAAGAGAGAAAUGGCUAUGGAGAUGGCGUUCUGCUGCAUCUCAGCAGCCGCUGCGACGAUGUCAGGUCACCCGACAUCCAUCGUCAAACAGCCAGUGUUAUCACUGCUGUCGGCAACAAGGCUCCGCUCUCCUCCUGUGGUAGAGUGAUUGGAGGCGAUGCUGAAAUGAUAAGGGAGUUCAUUGCACAGCGGCUGGAGGAUAAUCAGCAAGGUUAUGCCGCCCCACCCUAUGAUUCACUGGUGACCUAUGCCUAUGAGGGUGAUGGCUCGGUGGCUGGCUCGCUUAGCUCCAUAGAGGAGUCAUGGGUAAUUGACGAUGCAGGGGAUUUUAGCUCCCUUGGUGACUGGGGACAGCCAUUCAAAACACUGGCUAGCAUCCUGGACAGACACCCGCCUGCUAUGACUGAGGAGAGCUGAGAGGAAGCUGGACAGCAGAGAGACUUCAGGAGGCCAUGUGGGAAUUAUCUUACUUUUCUAGAUUUUUUUUUUCUUCACUGUGACAGGCACUGGAUAGAAUGAUGUAAGUACUUUAUCCUUUAGAAAGCUGUCCAUGUGAAAUUAAGUUGUAGUCAGGUUAGCUGCAGAAAAGAGAAUCUAGCUACAGGUGUGUGAAAAGGUAAACUUGAUAGCUCCUCAAAGUGCCUGAGGUACUAUAUGUUUACAUAUAUUUUAAUUCAUGUAACUUAAUAAAAAUAUC